AUGUUCCGUCGAUCGUUCCAUUACUCGCGGACUAUAAGGUCUUCCACAAAGGUGUGGGCGAACUUUAGCUCACGGCCCGAAUCGUUGUCAAUAGCAUCUGAACCGAUCAGGAAAUGUAUACUGGAGGGCACUCCAAAGCAGGGCCCACCCACCAUAGGGAGAAGAUCUAACAGGAUCAAGUACACAUCGCCUGCAAAGAUUGAUGAGGUCUUUGCCACGUGCUACGAUUUUUUGCAGUUGCAGGCAGCAGCGAAGUAUGCCGAGUUGUCACAAGAGCAGGAUCCCAAGAAACGCACCGAGUUGGCAGUCGAGGCCGAAAUGAAUAACCCAGAAGUUCUGUACAACUUUCAAUUCAGUGAAAAACGUGAGAAUAACCCAAGACUGAUCGAUUACAACUUACCUGUGUAUAGGCAUUUGGGCCGUAAGCACUGGGAAUCGUACGGACAGAUGCUUCUAAUGCAAAGGUUGGAGACUUUGGCCGUGAUUCCAGACACUCUACCAACCCUUGUCCCACGCGCAGAUGUUAGCAUUCGGUUCCCCUUCUCAACGGGUGUGAACAGGUGGAUUGAACCCGGCGAUAUUCUUUCUUCGAAUGCUACAUCAAUGGCCCCUACAAUUAAGAUUCAAGAGUUUGACGAUGUCAACACCGAAAAGCAAUUGUAUACUAUUUUAAUUGUGAAUCCAGAUGAACCAGAUCUUGCGUCAGAUUCUUUCAAGACAACUUUGAGCUAUGGUCUGGUUGAUUUGAAAGUCAAGUACAACGAUAACAUAAUUGAUCCUCGCAAAUUUUCAAAAGAGCAAGUCAUUGCCAACUACUUACCUCCUGUUCCAGAAAAGAACACUGGAAAGCAUAGAUAUUCUGUAUGGGUGUUCAGACAAAAGUAUCCCUAUUCAAAUGAAAUCACAUUUGACAGAGAAAACUUUAAUAUCCGAGAAUUCGUCAAAAAGCAAAAGCUUGACCCAAUUGGCGCCCAUGUCUGGAGAAGCGAGUGGGAUUCCAACGUGGCCAACAUCAGGGACAAGUACGGCUUGGCUCCUGGAAGGGUCUUCCACCGGGUUCGUAGAUAG